AUGCAAUGGCGAGCGCUCGUCCUGGGGCUGGUGCUGCUGCGCCUGCUCCACGCGGUGCUCUGGCUGGUCUUCGGGCUGGGCAGCAUGGGCUUCUACCAGCGCUUUCCGCUCAGCUUCGGCUUCCAGCGCUUGAGGGGCCCCGACGGCUCGGGGCCGGUGGGUCCUCGAAGGCCGGCCUGGCUGCAUCGGCCAAGGCACGGGACGGAGGGGCGGCUCGAGACCCAGGGGGCCGGGCCGGGCGUGUGUGGCCCGGCGCACUGGGGCUACGCUCUGGGCGGCCGUGGCUGUGGCCCGGACGAGUACGAGCGGCGCUACAGCGGCGCCUUCCCGCCGCAACUGCGUGCCCAGAUGCGCGACCUGGCGCGGGGCAUGUUCGUCUUCGGCUACGACAACUACAUGGCCCACGCCUUUCCGCAGGACGAGCUCAACCCCAUCUACUGUGGCCGGGGGCCCGACCGCGGGGACCCUUCAAAUCUGAACAUCAAUGAUGUCCUAGGGAAUUACUCCCUGACUCUUGUUGAUGCCUUGGAUACACUUGCAAUAAUGGAAAUUCAACACGAGUUCCAGAAAGCAGUCAAGUUAGUGAUCAACACUGUUUCGUUUGACAAGGAUUCCACCGUCCAAGUCUUUGAAGCUACGAUAAGGGUUCUGGGAAGCCUCCUUUCUGCUCACAGAAUAAUAACUGACUCCAGACAGCCCUUUGGUGACAUGACAAUUGAGGAUAAUGAUAAUGAAUUGUUGUACAUGGCCCAUGACCUGGCCGUGCCUCUGCCGGCUUUUGAAAACACCAAGACAGGGAUCCCCUAUCCUCGGGUGAAUCUGAAGACGGGUGUUCCUCCUGACAGCAAUAAUGAGACCUGCACAGCGGGCGCCGGUUCUCUCCUGGUGGAAUUUGGUAUUCUGAGCCGGCUGCUGGGGGAUUCCACUUUUGAGUGGGUGGCCAGACGAGCUGUGAAAGCCCUCUGGAACCUUCGGAGCAACAAUACAGGAUUGCUAGGCAAUGUUGUGAACAUCCAGACAGGCCACUGGGUUGGAAAGCAGAGUGCUGGGUGCUGGCUGGAUUCCUUCUAUGAAUACCUCUUGAAAUUCUUACAUUCUUUUGGAGAAAAAGAAGACCUAGAGAUGUUUAAUGGCUAUCAGAGUAUCCAGAGCUACCUGCGGAGAGGCCGGGAAGCCUGCAAUGAAGGAGAGGGUGACCCACUCUAUGUCAAUGUGAACAUGUUCAGUGGGCAGCUCAUGAACACCUGGAUUGACUCUCUGCAGGCUUUCUUCCCUGGACUGCAGGUUCUGAUAGGGGAUGUGGAAGACGCCAUCUGCCUCCACGCCUUCUACUAUGCCAUAUGGAAGCGGUACGGGGCCCUCCCUGAGCGCUAUAACUGGCAGCUCCAGGCCCCUGACGUUCUCUUCUACCCGCUGAGACCAGAGCUGGUGGAGUCCACGUAUCUCCUCUACCAGGUGACAAAGAAUCCCUUCUACCUCCAUGUAGGAAUGGACAUUCUGCAGAGUCUGGAAAAAUACACAAAAGUCAAGUGUGGGUGCACUCUGCAUCACGUCAUAGACAAGUCUAAAGAGGACCGGAUGGAGAGCUUCUUUCUCAGUGAGACCUGUAAAUACUUGUAUCUGGUACGUGUCUGUUUUGACGAAGAGAAUCCAGUACACAAAUCUGGAACCAGAUACAUGUUUACAACAGAGGGCCACAUCAUAUCUGUGGACAAACGCUUUCGGGAAUUGCCUUGGAAGGAGUUCUUCUCAGAAGAUGGGGAGCGGGACCAAGAGGAAAAGUUUGUGCACACUAAGUCUCAGGAGCUCAAAAUCAUUAACUCCAGUUCUAAUUGUAAUCGUGUUCCUGACGAGAGGAGAUACUCCCUGCCCUUAAAGAGCAUCUACAUGCGCCAGAUCGACCAGAUGGUUGGCUUGAUUUGACCUGCUCGCCUCAGUGUGGCCAGACCUUAAUUAAACCAAACCCAAGCAUACCAAAAAUCCCCUCUAAGAUGGAAGGGUGGAGUCUGUGCGUCUGUGACGCUGUAGAAGUUGUUGUCCAAUUCUUACCUCUGGGUGAUUCUUGCACUUAGUGUUUCCCUUCUCUUUAAUAAAAUACCCUAUUUUUCUGAAGGAUAUAAUUAGAAAUGGGAAGCUACGUGGGAGCUUCUUGUGAUUGCUGAUGUUCUUAAGCACAAUGGAUUCGGCCUCUUUGGAUUGUUCUUCCCAACUCCAUACACAGAUUGCCAGUCUCCUCGCUUUGCCUCCACUUGCUGUGCUGAAGUAUUGCUACCUCUUUGCUAGAGGAUCAGGAAUGCAAUUCCUGUGCAAAGGUCCUGAGGUUUACUCGGCAUCACUACUUACUGCAGUGAAAGUAUCAUCCUUUCUCUCUUCUGGGGUCAUCGUGCUGUCCCCAGGAUAGCCAGCCGUGAUUUUGGAUCACGUGGGGGAAAUUCACCUGGUUUCUUUAUAUCCUAAAGUAAUUUAGUGUUACUUGUUUUAGUGUCAUGGUCUAGCCAGAAAUCUGACAGACAGCCUCUAAA